AAGAUUCACAACCAUGCUGUCCUCUAUCCUGUUUUGGGGACUUAUUGCCCUCAUUGGCACUUCUAGGGGCUCGUACCCCUUCACUCACUCAAUGAACCCUCACCUGCAUCCCCGCUUGUACCAUGGCUGCUAUGGUGAUAUCAUGACCAUGGAGACCUCUGGUGCCACCUGUGAUAUAACCAGGUUGAUGAACUGUGGGAUCCGUGGUUCUGAAAUGUUUGCUGAGAUGGAUUUGAGGACCUUAAAACCUUACCAGAUUCUGAUCAAAGAAGUUGGGCUGAGGUACUGUGUGGACCCUGCUCUCAUUGCAGCCAUCAUCUCCAGAGAAAGCCAUGGUGGAGCUGUCUUGCAAGAUGGCUGGGACCACAGGGGACUUAAAUUUGGCUUGAUGCAGCUUGAUAAAAAAAUUCAUCACCCUGUUGGUACCUGGGACAGCAAAGAACACCUUUUGCAGGGUGUUGGAAUUCUAGCAGACAAAAUUAAGGCAAUCCAGAAAAAAUUCCCCACGUGGAGUGUGGCUCAACACCUGAAAGGUGGUCUCUCAGCCUUUAAGUCAGGAAUCGAUACCAUUGUCACCCCAACAGACAUAGACAAUGACUUGGUCAAUGAUCUUCUUGCCCGAGCUAAAUUCUAUAGAAGACAUGGCUUCUAAGCAAAGCUCUGUUGACAGGUGUUCGGAUGGCCCCUCUUUGUGAGUUUGAUAUGGAUGUGUUGUAGCCAACACAAAGAAAUGUUUGCACUUAUGACAGAAAAUUCAGUUUUCUUAAGGCAAAUAAGCAUCAAAAAGAGAAAAAGAAAAGGAAAUCCACCCAGUUCAUAAUAUGAUUUCCAUAAAAUGUUUACAGACAUAUAUGCACAAUUAUUUUAUAGUAAAUGUGAAUAUCAUGGUAAGUGACAUCUACAUAUUUC